UUAUCAUUUCGUCUUUUCUCCAGCUGUGGAAACGUCAACGGUUCACUUCUUGGCCGCUCUUUCCAAAACUCUUCCGUGAAUUUAUUUAUUUUUUAUCCGGUUAUUGUUACUUUUUUUUUUUUGGUCAGCCGGGCAUAUACGAAUCGAUUCUCGCCUCUUACAGCUUUGCCUCGUUCCUUUUCAGUGGAUGCACCGAUGAGAGAUCCGGUUUUCACGGGGACCGGCGCUAUGGCUUAUCACCCGUUCCACGCGCACCGGCCCGCCGACUUCCCCGUGUCGGCGUUCCUUGCCGCGGCGCAGCCCGCCUCCUUCUUCCCGAGCCUCGGGCUUCUUCCCAAGCCGCUGGCUGAGCACGCGCUGUCCGGAGCAGCGGACGCGGGCCUGCACGCGGCUCUGCACGGCCACCAUCAUCACCACUCUCACCCGCAGCAGCAGCAGCAGGCGGCCGCCGCCGCCGCGCACCUCCGUGCACUGAAGAGCCUCGAGCCAGAAGAGGAGGUCGAGGACGACCCCAAAGUGACCCUCGAGGCCAAGGAGCUCUGGGAUCAGUUUCAUAAAUUCGGCACCGAAAUGGUCAUCACCAAGUCGGGAAGGAGAAUGUUUCCGCCGUAUAAAGUGCGCGUGAACGGCCUGGACAAGAAGGCCAAGUACAUCCUGCUGAUGGACAUCGUGGCGGCGGACGACUGUCGCUAUAAAUUCCACAACUCUCGCUGGAUGGUGGCAGGGAAAGCAGACCCGGAGAUGCCCAAACGCAUGUAUAUCCACCCGGACAGCCCCGCCACGGGGGAGCAGUGGAUGGCCAAACCGGUCACCUUCCACAAGCUCAAACUCACCAACAACAUUUCCGACAAACACGGAUUCACUAUCCUAAACUCGAUGCACAAAUACCAACCCAGGUUCCAUAUUGUUCGAGCCAAUGACAUUCUGAAGCUGCCCUACAGCACUUUCAGGACGUACGUUUUUCCAGAAACGGAUUUCAUAGCCGUCACUGCCUAUCAAAACGACAAGAUUACGCAGCUCAAAAUUGACAACAACCCUUUCGCCAAAGGAUUCAGAGACACAGGCAAUGGCAGGAGAGAAAAAAGGAAGCAGUUGAGUCUGCCAGCGCUGCGUGUGUAUGACGAAGCAUGCACGAAAGGAGACGGAGCAGAAUCUGAUGCUUCGUCCUGCGAACCUCCGAGUAGCAGAGAACCACUUCACUCUCCUUUAGGAUCUGCAGCAAGCCCGCUAAAAUUACACAGGUCCAGUCGAGAUGAGAAAAACUCCACUGAGAGUGAUCAAGAGUUUGAGCACCAGGACUCUGUUGGAGUGAGUAGUCCUGGUCCACAAGGAUCAUCUCCUUUCAAGCCAAGCAUUGACGAAAGGGUCAAGGACAGACCCGAGCUUGACAAGAAAGAAGAUUAUGCGGACUCGAUUAGAGAAAGCGACUCUGCUUUCAGCAUCAGAAACCCAGAGAAGGACAAAUCCGAAAGAGGGAACCCUAAAGAUUCGGAAGCAUCCAGGAAAGAGGGCAAGGAACGCUUUACCCCGCUUCUGAUCCAAACAGAGGGCCCGUCAUCCUUUAGUGCCAAUCACCUCCAGAGCCUAGCGCUGUCCGGUCUGCAUGGUCAGCCUUUAUUCAACCCGCUGAGUGCAGCAGGACACCCGUUACUGUUUCACCCGAGCCAGUUCGGCAUGGCGCCUGGGGCUUUCUCGAGUAUGGGCAUGGGGCACUUGUUGGCAUCGAUGUCGGGGGCAAGCGCCCUGGAGAACGGAGGCCUGUCACCUCAGGGCGCUGGCACACCUGGAUCCUUCCCGUUCCACCUCUCGCAGCACAUGCUCGCAUCUCAGGGUAUCUCCAUGCCGCCCUUCGGUAGUCUCCUCCCGUACCCGUACACCUACAUGGCGGCAGCGGCGGCGGCGGCUGCAGCGGCUUCGUCUCUCCCCGCCGGCGGUGUCGCGUCUUGUCUCAGUCGCAGCGCUUUACUGAGCGGCUCGCGACCCAGACUGCGCUUCAGUCCCUACCAGAUUCCCCCGAGCUCCAGCCUGCUCAGCGCCGGACUUCCGGGUGUCGAUCACGGAGACUCGGGUUCUGGCUCAGGUUCGGGUUCCUCCUCCUCCAAACCAGGCAGCAGGGAGAGCAGUCCGGCACCCGGGCCGCACGGAUCCCCGCACGCGCCCGUCAAGGAAGCCGUGACCGAACUGCAGAGCAUCCAGAGGCUCGUGAGCGGACUGGACAGACAGCGGGACGAGUCGGCGGGCCGAGAGUCUCCCAAAUAACCCGGUUUUCAAAUGCAUUCAUUUGUAUCAUUUUUUUUUAAAUGCAUUGGUUUAAAAAAAAAAAAAAAGUCGUCCAAACAGACACCGGAUGUGGAGGAACAAACAAACAAACCCCGCACUUCGGCGUCGGUUUAUUCCUGAAGGUUCCAGAAAGAUGCGGAUGAAACUCACUCGAGACUCACAGACCGCGAAUUAUUUUUUUGUUUGUUUGUUUGUUUGUUUGUUUUCUAAAAAGGUUUAAAUCAUGAUCACGGGGAUUGAACAGUGAUUCGACCCUGAACCCUGUGGCUGAAAACACAAUCAGCGGAUGAUCAUCAUCUUCUCAUGUGGGACUUGUUUUUGUUGUUGUUGUUGUUGUUUCUAUAUAUUAUGAUAAUUAUUAUUAUUAUUUAUAUGUAAUAUUCAGAUCAAUAUAACUAUGUAAAUAAGUCGAAUGGAUUUUAGAUGAUGUGUUUUAAUUUAUUCAGACUGUACAUUGGUGUGUAAAUACAGAAAAAAAAAUCGAGGUUGCAAUUUGUUACAUUUAUAUUUGCCCCCCAAUUACCUGAGUGUAUAGGAUUAUUAUUAUUAUUAUUAUUAUUAUUAUUAUUAUUAUUAUCUCUAGCGCUUGUUUGUAUGGAACCCCGAGUGAGUGUGUGUGUGUGUGUGUGUGUGUGUGUGUGUGCGCGCGCGCACGCGCUUUCUGCUUGCAAAACUCAAUUUCAUACAUUGUAUUGCGUUGCGACUUUUUUUUUUUUAAAUACAGCGAUGCACUAACAGGGAAAUCUCAGGUUUCUUUUUUUCUUUCUUCUUUUUUAAAAUAAUAAAUAAAUAAAAGUAAAUAAAUAAAUAAAACCAUAUCUGUCCUGGAGAAAGUCUUUAAAAUAGUU